AGUCCCCAAGACUCAGAACUGAUUACAGGACUCUCGCAUCAAAACAACGGCAGUUUUAGUUUUCAUCAUUUUUGUAUUUCGUGUAAAUUUCUGUAAAUAGAUUCUUUUCUAUUUUUAUAACAAGAUACCAAGAUGGAACUUAAUUCUCUUUUAAUUCUGCUGGAGGCUGCAGAGUACUUGGAAAGAAGAGACAGAGAGGCAGAGCACGGUUAUGCGUCUGUUUUACCGUACAAUAGCGACUUUUCCAGAAAGAAAACGAAAGCUUCGCCAAUUUCAAGAAAAGCUCAGAACAAUAGAUCCUCGCACAAUGAGCUGGAGAAACACAGACGUGCCAAACUGCGGCUCUAUUUGGAGCAACUGAAGAAGCUGGUGCCUUUGGGUCCAGACAGCACAAGACACACCACACUGAGCCUGCUGAAAAGGGCCAAGAUGCACAUCAAGAAGCUGGAGGAGCAAGACAGGAAGGCACUAAACGUGAAGGAGCAGCUGCAGAGAGAGCACCGCUACCUCAAACGCCGCCUGGAGCAGCUCUCUGUGUCGGGGAACGUGGAGAGGAUUCGCACUGAUAGUAUGGGCUCCGCCAUCUCCACUGACUCCGAGCAAGAGGUGGACAUCGAGGGCAUGGAGUUCACCCCCGGAGAGGCAGACAGUGUGGGCAGUGUUAGUGACGGUGAAGAAGACAGCUACAGCCUCCAGAGCAGCUCCAGUGAUGCCAGCUACACAGCCACACAUUCCCACAGACUGCAACCACACCACUGCUAGGGUGCCAGGGCCACGUUGUGCCCUAGUCCAGCCCUGCCUUUCCCCUCCCUUUCUUCCUCGCGGCCAAUCACAACCCUACUUCACCAACAUUGCCCACUACCUUUAUCAUCAUCAUCACCAGUCAACCCCCAAAUGGCAGUACACCCUGAGCCCCUUUCCCACCAGCCCCAACGCUCCAGGAAGCAGAUGUCUGAAUUCCGUGCAAGGUUUUCUGCCCCUCUCUCCCCUAGACCACUGACCCUACCUCAUCCAACUGUAUUCUGCCUAAAACUGCCCUUCCUGACAUACUUUGCCCUCCUCCCUGCCCACAUAACCUCUACCAAGUGUUACUGCAGGCUGCAAAAGAGAGCAGCAGAGUUUGUGGUUUUAUCGGGGACUUCUGUGGUGUGGUGGACAGCUUUGACUUGUUAAUGUGGACCUGGUAUGUAUUUGUGUAAGACAAAAAGAAAGGGAGUGAGAGAGAGAAGAAAGAAAAAGAGGUAUAAAAGGAGAGAGACCUGCUAAAUACAACUACUGAGGUCUGUAUUAUCUCCAUGAGGUGAUAUCCAGUAUCUGAAUUAAGCACACUCAAUAGUUGUAUUAUCAGUUUCUGAUGGUGAGAGUAAAGAGCUUCUGUUUGUGUAGGAAGACAUUCAACAUCUUGAAAGUGCUACAUUAUUUAUUUCAUGGACACACUUAAGAUCUGUAUUUAUCCGGUAGCUAUUGUCCAUGUCCUUCUAUGCAUUUAUCCUGCUUUUGUCCUGCACCAGAAACUGCAGAGAAUUCUUGGAUGUUAUACAGUAAAAACAAAUCAGUUUAUUAUAACUUGAAAGUCAAGCAACUUUCCACAGAAUUACUUGACCAUUAUACUUCUUACUUCUUCCACUCAGAGGGCUCAGAAGUGAUGAAAAGCUAAUUUUCUUUCCAAGCAUAUCUCCUCUUGAAGAUGGAAGUAGAGGUUUGCAGUUAGUUAGCAGGAAUGCAAAACAAGUGGGACUUUAACAAUGACUACAUCUAUAUGUGGAUAGCAGUUUAUCACAAAAUGCACAAAAUGUUUUGCCAAAGACAAUACAAAUGGCUGAAAAAGUCACAGAGCUGUCGUACAAUAAUACAUAGUCAUGUUUACUGUCCUUGUGUCCUCCUCUGGUUUGGUUCCCAAACCACUAACCCACACUAUUGACCACUACAUGAUAGCAUCCUACUAUGUGGAUGGAGUCCAGCUGCAAAGAAAAGGGAGCUACCCCAGAUAUAAAACUCCUUUUAGAGAACCUCUUGAAGUUGAAAUGGAUCCACAGGAUUGAAAUUGUGUUUUACUUUUCAGUAGCGAAUUGAUGUAGCAAUAAAAAGGAAGCCACUGCUUUCUGAAAGUAUUAAACCAAUUCUGGCGGGUCUUUCAAGGACAUGUGGGUAUGGGAAACUUCUUCACUAAAAUGGCAGCAUGAAUUUAAGUUUUUAGUGUUUUGUUUUUUUUUGUUUUUUUUUGUUGUUUUUUUAACACCAUGCCAUGGAGGGCAAUUUGUUGGGGGGUGGAACCCCAAAAAGUAGGAAUACCCUUUUUGUUUAAUGGAUCCUCCUAUCCCAUGUAUUCAGUUCUCUAAAGCUCUGUCACUUUUUCCAACGGUGUGCACCAACAUCUGCAUUUGAUGUAUUCUGUUCUCAUUAACAAGUCAAAGCAAUAGAAGUGAGGGGAAAAUGCAUAAGAAAAAAAACAAAACAAAAACAAACAAACAAAGGCCAGCUCUAAUGAUUUGCUUUCUGUUAGGGGUGUUUUUGUUUAGCUGUUGAAACUAAUCACACACUGUAGAAUUUUCUUUAACUCAAGGCUUAAUAAUAACCUUAUUUUUCUCUCUGUUAUCAGUUAGUGACUUCUGGCACUUCUGGGCGUUGCUUCCGACCAAUGUAAUAGAUUCAUAUCAGUCAGCUAGAAUGAACGUGUCUGCAAUGCAAUGUCCAGUGGUCCCUUUUGACGGAGGAGCCAUUUCUGUUGCUCUCUGACCAGUUAAUUAACCAUUAAGCCUCACUUUCUGGCAGCCCUUAGAGCUUGGCAUCCCGACACUUCAAAAAGGGCCAGUCCACGAUGUCAGGUCUGACCGAGAAAAAAAAGCAAAAACAAAAAACAAAACGAGCAAAAAAAAUUUACAAAAGAUAUAACAGAAAAAAAAACAACCUGCGUACAAGAAAUGCUGUCACUAGAAGUGAUAUUAGCCAGUGUACUCU